CGCGCCUUCAUUGCAGCCAAUGAGAUUUUAAAAUUAGCCCAAUCCGCGGCCAGAUUCUGGGUGUCACUGCGGGCGAGUUAGGAGGGUUUGUAGAACAAGUCAGUUCGCAGCGUCUCAGCAGAAAGCCACUGACUCACGCCUCUCUGGUUCUUGAGAGUCAGCUGCGAACCAGCAAACUCCAAGACAGCCGCUCCGACUCUGAGCUCCUACUGCAGCGCGCACGGCACGUUCUUUCCCACGCCCGGCGCGAGCGGGAUUCCAGUAACGCGGUUUAAAUUCUGUCAAUCAGUGCGUCAUGAUGGAAACUAUAGCGGCAGUUUUAAUGGUCACCAGCGCUUCGGUUUAUUAGUCGCAGAGGAGGACACCGCUGAACGCUGAUGGGAUUCUGCAGCUCUGUCGUUUCUUCCUGAGGAGAUUAAACGCGGAGGAUUUUUGCGAUAAUUACAAGCAAGUCGGUGAUAAUAGAACCGCAGCGAAACAAGUGUUUUAAUGUUUUUAAAGGCGUUGUUUCUGGAGUAAGUGAGUUGGGAUUCCUGUGAAGGUGCCCAUCAUCCGCAGUGUGAGCGCGACUGCGGCGGUGAGGUGAAAUCCGCAGCGGGAACAGGUACAGAAUGUCCUCAACCUCACGAGAAGCCUGAAUACUGAUACCGCAUACAGGUAGAGAGCAGUGGACAGAGACACUCUUCCCAUAAGAGGGCACAUAACCAGGACAAUGGCUUCCCACAACAGGAGAUGGAACUUUGUAACUUUUUCUUGCUGCAUCAUUGUCUUGUUGGUUCCCCUCGUGGCUCCCAGGCCCCAACAGCCUUCAGCGGCAUCCAUAGUACUUGAGGAAUAUAAUACAUUCCGGGCGGAAAACCCAGAAUGGACUUUUAACCACCUAGCUGUGGAUCGCAAAAAUGGGAAUGUGUUUCUCGGGGCAGUUAAUCGCAUCUACAAACUUUCACCUGAGCUGGAUGUACAGGUGUCGCAUCAGACCGGUCCGGAAGAAGAUAACCGGAAUUGCUACCCACCCCGUAUAGUCCAGCCUUGUAGCGAACCACUCACGUUGACCAAUAACGUCAACAAGAUGCUGCUCAUGGACUACCGCGAGAACCGGCUGCUGGCAUGCGGCAGCCUGUACCAGGGUAUUUGCAAGCUGCUUCGCCUGGAUGAUCUCUUUAAACUUGGAGAGCCCUUCCAUAAAAAAGAGCACUACCUCUCUGGCGUCAACGAGAGCGGCUCCGUGUUUGGAGUCAUUGUGUCUUACGGCGACGCCUCACCCGAUAAGCUUUUUGUGGCUACAGCUGUUGACGGAAGGCCGGAGUACUUCCCAACAAUUUCCAGUCGUAAGCUCACCCGUAACUCUGAGGAGGACGGGAUGUUCGCCUACGUCUUCCAUGAUGAAUUUGUUGCCUCUAUGAUUAAGAUUCCUUCAGAUACUUUCACAGUAGUGCCAGACUUUGACAUCUAUUACAUCUAUGGGUUUAGCAGUGGGAAUUUUGUCUAUUUUCUCACAUUGCAGCCUGAAAUGGGGGGAGGCCCAACGACGGGGUCUUCCGCAGCGGGACGCGAACAGGUGUACACUUCCAAACUGGUGCGACUGUGCAAGGACGACACAGCGUUCAACUCGUACGUUGAAGUUCCUCUCGGUUGCGUAAAGGAUGGAGUUGAGUAUCGCCUGCUGCAGGCUGCCUACCUGUCCAAGGCUGGUUCUAUCCUGGCACGGUCGCUGGGUGUAGGACCUGACGAUGACAUCCUUUAUGCCGUGUUCUCCAAAGGUCAAAAGAGGAGGCCAAAAGAAUCAUCUCAGGAGUCUGCACUCUGUGUGUUCACUUUGAAAGAAAUCAACGAAAGAAUCAAAGACAGGCUGCAGUCCUGCUAUAAAGGAGAGGGAACGCUGGAUCUCGCUUGGCUCAAAGUGAAAGACAUCUCAUGUAGUAGUGCGCUCCUCACCAUCGAUGACAACUUCUGCGGUCUGGAUAUGAACGCCCCACUCGGCGUCUCAGAGAUGGUACGUGGGAUUCCUCUAUUCUCAGAGUCCAAGGACAAGAUGACGUCCGUUAUCGCCUACGUGUACAAGAACCACUCUCUGGCUUUUGUGGGCACCAAAGGUGGACGUCUUAAAAAGAUUCGGGUUGACGGCCCUUCCCGUGGUGCCCUGCAGUACGAAACCAUUCAGGUGGUCGACAACGGACCGAUCCUGCGAGACAUGGCCUUUUCUGCCGAUCAGCACUUCCUGUAUGUGAUGUCAGAGUCACAGCUGACAAGUGUCCCAGUGGAAGCCUGCGAGCAGUACUCGUCCUGUAAUGAGUGUCUGGGAUCUGGAGAUCCUCACUGCGGCUGGUGUGUCCUCCACAGCAUGUGCACCAGAAAGGAGAAGUGCGAGCGGUCAUCCGAGCCUCGCCGUUUCACCUCUGAUAUAAAGCAGUGCGUGAGGUUGAGCGUUCAUCCCAACAACAUUUCUGUGUCCCAGUACAGUGUCAUGCUCGUCCUGGAGGCCCAUAAUGUGCCAGAACUUUCUGCGGGGGUCAACUGCACCUUUGAGGACCUGGCGGAGAUGGACGGUCUGGUCGAGGGCAAUCGCAUCACCUGCAGCUCUCCCGCUGAAAAGGAAGUUCCACGCAUUGUCGUAGACCAAGGUGACCAUCAAAUUGUGCAGCUCUACCUCAAGUCAAAGGAGACGGGGCUAGCUUUCGCUAACACUAGCUUCGUCUUCUACAACUGCAGUGUCCACAAGUCGUGUCUGUCCUGUGUCGGAAGCCCCUACCAGUGCCACUGGUGCAAAUACCGGCACACCUGCACCCACGACCCCAGCAGCUGCUCUUUCCAGGAGGGUCGGGUCAAACAGCCAGAGGAAUGUCCUCAGCUGCUGCCAGCAGAUCAUAUCCUUGUACCGGUCAAUGUGGUGAAACCCAUCACCCUACGGGCCAAGAACCUGCCCCAGCCACAAUCAGGCCAGCGCGGGUACGAGUGCGUGCUCACCAUACAGGGCGUCGAGCAGAGAGUCCCCGCCCUCCGCUUCAACAGCUCCAGCGUGCAAUGCCAGAAUACAUCGUACUCGUAUGAUGGGAUGGAGAUGAGUAGCCUCCCUGUGGAUCUGACAGUCAUCUGGAACGGAGACUUCAGCAUUGACAACCCGGCCCAAAACAAAGUGCACCUGUACAAGUGUGACGCUCGGAGGGAGAGCUGCGGCCUGUGUCUGAAGGCAGACCCUCUGUUCGGCUGCGUUUGGUGUAAGGGAGAGAAUCGCUGCUCUCUGAAACAGCACUGUCCUCACCCCCAGAGCAUGUGGCUAGAGCACAAUGGCAUCAAUAGCAAGUGCACAAACCCCAGAAUCACAAAGAUAACUCCGCUGCGAGGGCCGCGUGAGGGCGGGACGCUGGUGACCAUCCGGGGCGAGAACCUGGGGUUGGAGUUCAGUGAGAUCCAGGACCAUGUGAAGGUGGCAGAUGUGCAGUGCGCGCCAGUACCCGAGGGAUACAUUCCUGCAGAACAGAUCGUGUGCGAAAUGGGAAAAGCACAGCAAAGCCAGUUUGCUGGAAACGUCCAAGUGUGUGUCGGAGAGUGUCGGCCUGAGUUCAUGGCCAAGUCAUCGAAGUACUACUAUUUUGUGAUUCCCAGAUUGUCGAGUUUGAAGCCCAGUCGUGGGCCUGUGUCUGGCGGCACUAUCGUCAACAUCACCGGCAGCAACCUGGACGCUGGCAGCAAUGUGUCCAUCAUGUUCAAAGACCAGAAGUGCACUUUUCAAAGGAGAGGAGGACAGUGGAUAACGUGUCGAUCACACGCCUCUAUGCAAGGCUAUGGAAAUGUGUCCAUAUCUGUGUUCGUGGACAAAGCUCACAUUCACAAAGAUCUCAAGUUUGAGUACGUGGAGGACCCGACUAUCACCAAACUGGAACCUGAGUGGAGCAUUUUCAGUGGCAACACUCCGGUGACCGUGACCGGUACCAACCUGGACAUCAUCCAGAACCCCCUCAUCAGAGCCAAAUACAAGAACAUGGAGACGGUCAACACGUGUCAGGUGCUGAGUCCCACCAUUAUGCAGUGCAUGGCCCCGGAGUUUCCCAACAGUCCGAGCAGACAGAAAGAAGUGCCAGAAAGACCCGAUGAGUUCGGCUUCAUCCUGGACAACGUUCAAUCUGUGCUGGCCCUCAACAACACCAACUUCAUCUACUUCCCAAAUCCCGUAUUCGAACCGGUCAGUGUGUCUGGAGUCCAAGAGCUCAAACCAGGAUCUCCCAUCAUACUAAAGGGAAGGAACUUCCUCCCUCCAGCACCGGGUGGCAACGGGAAGCUGAACUACACCGUUCUGAUUGGAGAUAAACCUUGCACGUUAACUGUAUCCGAUACUCAGCUGCUCUGCGAAUCGCCCAAUCUAACCGGACGUCACAAAGUCCUGGCCCGUGUGGGUGGUAUCGAGUUUUCUCCAGGAGUGGUCCACAUCACCUCCGACAGCCCCCUCAGCAGCACAGCCGUCAUCAGCAUCGCCGGGGCAGGAGGCCUUCUCAUCUUCUUCAUCGUCAUCGUCCUCAUCGCCUACAAGCGCAAGUCCCGUGAGAGCGACCUCACCCUGAAACGCCUGCAGAUGCAAAUGGACAACCUGGAGUCCAGAGUAGCCUUAGAGUGUAAAGAAGCAUUUGCCGAACUACAGACGGACAUUCACGAGUUGACCAGCGAUCUAGAUGGAGCCGGCAUUCCUUUCUUGGACUACCGCACGUACACCAUGCGAGUUCUUUUCCCUGGAAUCGAGGAGCACCCUGUUCUCAGAGACCUGGAGGUGCCUGGUUACAGACAGGAACAGGUCGAGAAAGGCCUUAAACUCUUUGGACAGCUUAUCAACAACAAGGUUUUCCUGCUGUCCUUCAUCAGAACCCUUGAGUCCCAGCGAGGGUUCUCCAUGAGAGAUCGCGGCAACGUCGCCUCCCUGAUCAUGACGGUGUUGCAGAGUAAACUUGAGUACGCCACUGACGUUCUCAAACACCUGCUGUCCGACCUCAUCGACAAGAACCUGGAGAGCAAGAACCAUCCCAAACUACUGCUCAGAAGAACGGAGUCGGUGGCUGAGAAAAUGCUCACUAACUGGUUCACUUUUCUGCUGUACAAGUUUCUCAAGGAGUGCGCCGGAGAGCCGCUGUUCUCUCUCUUCUGUGCCAUAAAGCAACAGAUGGAAAAAGGCCCCAUCGACUCGAUCACAGGAGAAGCCCGCUACUCGCUGAGUGAAGACAAGCUCAUCAGACAGCAAAUUGAUUAUAAGACACUGGUGGUGAACUGCAUGCACCCAGACAACGAGAAGAGCCCAGAGGUCCAGGUGAAGGCGCUAAACUGUGACACCAUCAGCCAGGUGAAGGAGAAGAUCUUGGACGCCAUCUACAAGAACGUCCCCUACUCUCACCGACCCAAAGCUUCUGACAUGGACUUGGAGUGGCGUCAAGGCAGAGUGGUCCGAGUCAUACUACAAGACGAAGACGUUACCACGAAGAUCGAGGCUGACUGGAAAAGACUCAACAUAGUAUCUCAUUACCAGGUGACUGAUAAUGCCGUGGUAGCGCUUGUUCCAAAGCAGGUCACUGCAUACAACUCUGUCAACAAUUCCACCGUCUCCAGAACCUCCGCUAGCAAAUACGAAAACAUGAUCAAAUAUACGGGCAGUCCAGACAGCCUGCGUUCCCGAACCCCGAUGAUCACACCUGACCUGGAGAGCGGCGUCAAGGUGUGGCAUUUGGUAAAGAACCAUGAGCACGGAGACCAGAAGGAGGGAGACCGUGGCAGCAAAAUGGUCUCCGAGAUCUACCUGACCAGGCUGUUAGCUACCAAAGGUACGCUACAGAAGUUUGUGGAUGACCUGUUUGAGACCAUUUUCAGCACAGCGCACAGAGGAAGUGCCCUCCCCCUCGCUAUCAAAUACAUGUUUGACUUCCUGGAUGAGCAGGCCGACAAGCACAACAUUCACGACCCGCACGUCAGACACACGUGGAAGAGCAACUGUCUACCUCUGAGGUUCUGGGUGAAUGUGAUCAAGAACCCACAGUUUGUGUUCGACAUCCACAAGAGCAGCAUCACAGACGCUUGUCUGUCAGUGGUGGCGCAAACCUUCAUGGAUUCGUGCUCGACGUCGGAGCACCGCCUGGGCAAAGACUCCCCUUCAAACAAGCUGCUGUACGCCAAGGACAUUCCCAGCUAUAAGAGCUGGGUGGAAAGAUAUUAUUCAGACAUUAAUAAGAUGCCUGCGAUUAGCGAUCAGGAUAUGAACGCCUACCUGGCAGAGCAGUCCCGCAUGCACAUGAACGAGUUCAACACCAUGAGCUCCCUCAGCGAGAUCUACUCUUACGUGGGCAAAUAUUCAGAGGAGAUCGUGUCUGCGCUGGAGCAGGACGACGGUGCCAGGAAACAGAGACUGGCCUAUAAGCUGGAGCAGGUGGUCGCCUUCAUGAGCCUGGAGAGCUGAGGACCGCAUUUCCCAGAGUGCACUGGGAGAUCCAUCAGAAACCGAGCCGUGCCUGAGUGAAGACUGUCCAUCUAUCUCAUCUCUUCUGUUCGCAAUCUUCCCACAAAACAAGCAUUUGCAUCAUAUUAGCUCUGCUUCCUAGAAGAGUAGAGUUGGGAACUGAAGGGUGGGCGGAGAAGCCAAGGACUACAUUACCUACGAU